ACUUGAUGCAAAAACAACGUUUUAACUUGUCGGUUUUUCUCUAGACAACAUAACAAGAAAUGAGAGAGUGCAUCUCCAUCCACGUGGGCCAGGCCGGGGUACAGACAGGUAAUGCCUGCUGGGAGCUCUUCUGUCUGGAGCACGGAGUGGGGCCUGACGGGGCGUUUUUGGAGGGUCCCACGGAGCCAAACUCACGAGAAGAUCCCUUCAACACCUUCUUCAACACAGGCAGCUCCGGGCGACAUGUCCCCCGAGCUCUGUAUGUGGAUCUGGAGCCCACUGUGGUUGAUGAAGUUCGGGUGGGUCGGUACAGAGGCCUCUUCCACCCGGAGCAGCUCAUCUCAGGCAAGGAGGACGCAGCCAAUAACUACGCCCGAGGACACUACACUGUUGGAAAGGACAUCAUCGAUGAUGUCAUGGAGAGGAUCCGCAAAAUGACAGACCAGUGCACCGGGCUGCAAGGUUUCCUGGUCUUCCACAGUUUUGGAGGAGGCACUGGCUCUGGAUUCACCUCUCUGCUGAUGGAGAGGCUCUCUUUGGACUUUGGCAAAAAAUCCAAACUCGAAUUCUCUGUUUACCCUGCUCCCCAAGUCUCUACCGCUGUGGUCGAACCUUACAACGCUAUCCUGACCACUCACACCACUUUGGAGCACUCUGACUGUGCAUUUAUGGUCGACAAUGAGGCCAUCUACGACAUAUGCCAGCGCAAUUUGGAUAUCGAAAGCCCAGGGUAUAUAAAUCUUAAUAGACUUAUCGCUCAAAUUGUCUCUUCCAUCACCGCUUCUCUUCGCUUUGAUGGUGCGCUAAACGUUGAUCUGACCGAGUUUCAAACCAACUUGGUGCCAUAUCCACGAAUCCAUUUCCCACUGGUGACAUAUGCGCCAAUCAUUUCAGCCGAGAAGGCAUACCACGAGCAGUUAACAGUUUUGGAGAUCACCAGUGCAUGUUUUGAACCAUUGAAUCAGAUGGUGAAGUGUGACCCUCGCCAUGGGAAGUACAUGGCAUGCUGCCUCCUGUAUCGCGGUGACGUCGUGCCCAAAGAUGUGAACGCUGCGAUCGCAAAUAUCAAAACGAGACGCUCUGUUCAGUUUGUGGACUGGUGCCCCACUGGGUUCAAGGUUGGCAUUAACUACCAGGCCCCCACUGCUGUCCCUGGUGGAGACUUGGCCAAAGUGCAACGAGCUGUGUGUAUGCUCAGUAACACCACCGCCAUCGCCGAGGCCUGGGCACGGCUGGACCAUAAGUUUGACCUGAUGUAUGCCAAGAGGGCCUUUGUGCAUUGGUACGUGGGAGAGGGCAUGGAGGAGGGGGAGUUCGCUGAGGCUAGAGAAGACCUGGCCUGCCUGGAGAAGGACUACGAGGAGAUGGGCAACAACUGCUCCGAUUCUGAAAAUGAAGAGGAUGGCCAAGAAUACUGAAAGUU